AGGCCUUCCUCCCUUUGUGCUCCCCCCUUCUCCUCCCCCCGGGGCCCUAUAAAUAGGCCCAGCCCAGGCUGUGGCUCAGUUCUCAGAGGGAGGUGAGCACAGGCAGCGGUCUCAAGCCAAGCCCCCUGCCAGCAUGGCCAGCGAGUUCAAGAAGAAGCUCUUUUGGAGGGCGGUGGUGGCCGAGUUCCUGGCCAUGACCCUCUUCGUCUUCAUCAGCAUUGGUUCAGCCCUGGGCUUCCACUACCCAAUAAAGAGCAACCAGACGACAGGUGCAGUCCAGGAUAACGUGAAGGUGUCACUGGCCUUUGGGUUGAGCAUCGCCACGAUGGCCCAGAGUGUGGGCCACAUCAGCGGUGCCCACCUCAACCCAGCCGUCACGCUGGGGCUUCUGCUCAGCUGCCAGAUCAGUGUCCUCCGGGCCAUCAUGUACAUCAUUGCCCAGUGCGUGGGGGCCAUCGUCGCCACUGCCAUCCUCUCGGGCAUCACCUCUUCUCUGCCUGACAACUCGCUUGGCCUCAAUGCGGUGAGUGGGGUGGCCCCAGGCUCUGGGGGCUCUAGAAUGGUGCUGAGAUGGGUUCGUCUCAUCCUCCACCCAUUGUGCAGAUGGGGACACUGAGGAACAGAGAGGAUGAGAGGUUGUGGGAGGUCAGGCAGAGCUGCUGGGGGCUGGGUGGUGGUGCCACAGAUGGGACAUGUAAUUACUAUAGACUACACCGGCUGUGGUAUUAACCCUGCCCGGUCCUUCGGCUCCUCGGUGAUCACGCACAAUUUCCAGGACCACUGGAUCUUCUGGGUGGGGCCGUUCAUUGGAGCAGCCCUGGCAGUGCUCAUCUAUGACUUCAUCCUGGCCCCACGCAGCAGUGACCUCACAGACCGCGUGAAGGUGUGGACCAGCGGUCAGGUGGAGGAGUAUGACCUGGAUGCCGACGACAUCAACUCCAGGGUGGAGAUGAAGCCCAAAUAAGGGGGCUAGGCCUGGGCAUCCACCUGGGGGGUGGGGGGGCAGGGGAGGGCAGAGGGAGGGGAGGGGUGAAACCUGUAUCAUAGACAGUCUGACAAGCUGGCCAAAGUCACUUCCCGAGGAUCAGCAGGGCCUGCGUGGUCAAGCCUGACUUGGGACUGUUGCUAUCACCUUCUUUCUCUUUCUCCUUUUCCCGGUUUGGGGAUCCCUGAGGACCAAGAUUUCCCAAUCACCCAUUCCCUUGAAGUCACAAAGGAGGUGAAAGAGAGGGACCUACCUUGCUAAGUUGUCCUCUGAGUGUGCUGUGAGGUAUGCCAGAAAGCACGCCCCCCAUCCCAGAACUGCUCGCCAGCUCAUCUACUGCAGGUGCCUGGGGCUCCUCGGUGAUCGCUUUGUGCUUUCGGGCGUGGCCCUCUUUCCUGUAACGUGCGCUUGCCCCAAGGAUGCUCCGAGGGGGAGAGACCCCAUCAAGUGCAGUGGUGGGGUCAGGGGGCAGUCAGAGCCCGUCCUUGCAGCCCGGCUGGCUUCCAGGUCCGCUCCCCCAGCUACGGAAGUGCUAUACGACCUUGGGAAGGUCUCAAUCUUGGGGACUCAGUGACUCCAUCUGUAAAGAGGCAGGGGCAGGGAGAGCUGCAUGGGCCCGAGACCCCUCUCCAGGAUUGUGUAAGUGUAGGCACACUGCACAUUCUGGAAGACCUAGUCUGGCCCAGCGCUGCUUCUUCCACUUGCCCAGUAUUUAGUUGUACCUACACAUCUAUGUGAACACAUGUACAUAGGCACACAUGUUCCAAAGCAAAGAGCAACAGGUCAUCCAACCGUAGGAAGUUCCCAUUCCUAGGGAAGCAGAGCUGAGAGUGGAUAGAGCCUGCUGUUGCAGAAUGAAGAUCAUCUAGAGGGAGAGGGAGGAAUGUCCGAGUUCCUUCAUUGAGUUGUAGUUGAUCUUUUCCACCUAUCACUGUAUCACCCUCGUCGUUAUUUGGUUCUUCAGUUUUUCUUGCCAGUGCAGACACAAGUCAACAUUAUGUAAUGGUGUGUUGACUGAAGGACACUUGGUCAUCUGAAGGUCAGCCCCUGGAGACAGAUGUCCUUGCUGGACCCUCAGAGAGGGUUCCGAGCCCCUAGCUGACAAGGUGGGAGGAGAAGCAGAUUCCUCCCUUAUUCCAGAGGUCCUGGUUGGAGGCACUGGGGGGAAGCUGGGUGACCUGCACAGGCUUCCCAGGCCAUAGUCUUCCCUCUUCAUUUAUUUGGAGGGGAGAGUUGGUCUUGACCGAAUGAAGUAGCUAUGGCUGCAGCCCAAGGAUAAUUCUGAGCACAGUCUGUUUGUGGGGGCAGCUAUCUACACAUUCCAUACAAUUCCACCAGGGCCAGAGUAGGUCUCCCCAUGCCCCACGGCCACGACGGUGACAAACACUGAGAGACACAAUACAUAGUUUUCUGGAAGCAGCAGGACAACCAGGAGGCCCUUAACGGUCACAACACAUCAUAACAUCCAUACACUCUCUCUUCCAUUUCUGAGCAAAAGCUUCUAGUCCAUUUAACAGAGAAAGAAACUAGGGUCCAAGGACCCAGAGCAAGAUGAUGAUUUGGCAGGCCUAGCAGCCAGGGCCAUGUUUCUGGCUACUCCCUGGACUGUGAGACUGGGCCCUCUUAGACCCAGAUCCUGCAUUUCUGCCUGGGUAAUGGCCAGGUGCCAGGAAGGGUGAGGGGAGUGUUGGAGGGGAGAGGGGAUGCUCCAUCCCGUCCUGUUCUGGCUGCUGCACACAGGACCCUGCAUCUGUCUGCUCUGCAUAUAUGUCUCUUUGGAAUUGGAAUUUCAUUAUAUGUUAAGAAAAUAAACAUAAUAUAGGUCAUCCAGA